AUGAGGGCCCCGUUCGACAACCUGUCCUGCCAACACUCCAUCGACGACUUCCGCAACCGAGUCUACUCCACCCUCUACUCCAUGAUCAGCAUCAUGGGCUUUGUUGGCAACGGGGUGGUGCUCUACGUCCUCAUCAAAACCUACCGGCAGAAGACGGCCUUCCAGGUCUACAUGCUGAACCUGGCCAUGUCUGACUUCCUCUGCGUCUGCACCCUGCCCCUCCGGGUCAUCUACUACGUCCACAAAGGGAACUGGUUCUUCAGCGACUUCCUCUGCAGGAUCAGCUCCUAUGCCUUGUAUGUCAACCUGUACUGCAGCAUCUUCUUCAUGACUGCCAUGAGCUUCUUCCGCUGCGUGGCCAUCGUGUUCCCGGUCCAGAACAUCAACCUGACCACGGAGAAGAAGGCUAAGUUUGUCUGCAUUGGCAUCUGGAUUUUUGUCACCCUGACCAGCGCUCCCUUCCUGCUGCACGGGACCUACCAACACGGCAACAAGACCAAGUGCUUUGAACCCCCAGAAGACUCCCGGAAGACCAACCUAGUGAUGAUCCUGGAUCUUAUCGCCCUCUUCGUGGGUUUCAUCUUGCCCUUUAGCGUCAUCACCAUCUGCUACACCAUGAUCAUAAGGACCUUGCUGAAGAACUCCUUGAAGAAAAACCAGGCUAACCGCAAGAAGGCGGUCUGGAUGAUCAUCAUUGUGACAGCCACCUUCCUGGUCAGCUUCACCCCUUACCACGUCCUGCGUACCGUCCACCUCCACGUCCUGAGGCUGAAGAACACCAGCUGUGAGGAUGCCAUUUACCUGCAGAAAGCAGUCGUGGUCACCCUCCCCUUGGCAGCCUCCAACUGCUGCUUCGACCCACUUCUCUACUUCUUCUCGGGGGGCAACUUCCGGAAGAGACUCACCACCUUCAGGAAGGCUUCUUCCUCCAGCGUAACGCAAGCCUUCAGGAAAAAGUUCUCCAUCAAGGAGAAAGAUGAGGAAACCUCUGGAGAAGGCCAUCGGGAGAAUGGAAAGGCAGCUGUGGCCCCUUCAUAA